UAGGAAUCAAGGCAAAAUGGAUGUUCUAGAGAUAAAUGGUCUUCGAGUUCGCUCUGAAGUUGGUAUCAGUCCUCAUGACAGGGGCAAACUGCAAGAGCUGACCAUUAACAUACACCUCCGGACCUCAAUCAAGAAAGCUGGCGAAUCAGAUUGUGUGGAGGACACCAUCAACUACAGAACGAUCACAAAAGACGUCCUAUUUCAUGUAGAGAACAAGAAGUACAAUUUGGUUGAAGCAGUUGCUACCGAUGUUGCCCGUAUUUGCGUGGUGAGACAUGAUGUUCAGUCAGUUAAGGUAACUGUUCAUAAACCAAACUCUCUGCGCUUCUCUGACAGUUCAUCUGUGACAAUUGAACGAUGCACAGAAGACUUUGAAUGGAAUGAGGUUCACAUAUCAAUUGGAUCGAACAUUGAGCCUCAAAGAAAUUUACCGCUGGCCAUAAGUAUGUUAAAAGAGAAAAUGGAGGUUGUGAAGUUGUCCAGCGCUUUCAAAACAACUCCCGUCGGUUUCAAAGAUCAGGACGAUUUUAUCAAUAUGGCAGCCAUUGUGAAGACCAAACUCGACCCAGCAGGUUUAAAACAGGUCCUGCUACAAGUAGAAGAUAAACUUGGACGGGUUCGAAUUCCUGAGAAUAAGAACGCACCAAGGACUAUCGACCUGGACAUUUCAUUCUGGGGAAACAUGACAUUUGAAUACAAACUUAACAAUGGUUCUGCUGUAAAAUCGUGGUCAGUUCCUGAGCCAGACGCUUGCAAACAUUCUCACGUGAUUAUACCACUUGCUGACGUCACACCAGAUUUUGUUCAUCCAACCACGAGGAAACCUUUAAAAUUGAUUGCGACAGAAGUGAGUGGUAAUGAUGACUUCCGUUCUGUCUUUCCUGUCACUCAGAUUUGCUCGAGCAAUGGAGCUCACACAAAUGGUAAAGAAGAUGCCUUGAUUCUGGCAGACAAAUUGAAGUAUAUUCAGAAAGGAACCAGCAAGAAGCCGUCCAAUAACGAGCUGCAUUUGAAUGGGUCUGCCCAUCGUGGGAAGAAUCCUGUUGCUUUAGUGACAGGCGCGGCGAGGCGGCUUGGAGCGUGUAUUGCCACACGGCUUCACGAAAUUGGAUACAGUGUCUUGGUGCAUUACAACACGUCUGCCGAAGAUGCUACUACUCUGGUUCAGCAACUAAAUAGUGUACGACGGGAUUCAGCUCGUAAAAUUCAAGCUAACCUUGCCAAAGAUUCACAUAAAACGUCUCAGACAAUUAUAGAGGAGUCCUUAGAGGCUUGGGGGCGACUGGACGUAUUAGUAAACAACGCAUCUCAAUUCUACCCCACAAAAGCUGGAGAGGUGACUCAGCAGGAGUGGGGCGAGCUCCUGGAGACAAACCUGACUGCCCCAUUCUUCUUGUCUCAGGCUGCCUUUCCCAGCCUGAAGGCUUCAGGCGGAUGCAUAAUCAACCUGUUGGAUAUCCAUGCUGACCGGCCCCUUGAAAAGCACUCAGCUUACUCCAUUUCAAAGGCUGGUCUGAGCAUGUGCACCAUGGCCCUUGCAAAGGACUUCGCACCUUUUGUGCGAGUUAAUGGUAUCAGCCCUGGAGCUAUCUUAUGGCCCGAGCAUAUUAACGAAAAAUCCUUGGGUUCUAAAGUGACGGAAAUUCUGAAGAGGAUCCCCCUAAAUCGUAAAGGCGAAUCUGGGGACAUUGCCGAGGCAGUGGACUUCCUUGCGUCCUCAGCAGAGUACAUAACUGGACAGAUCAUCCGAGUGGACGGCGGUAGAUCAUUGAACCAGUAAAGUUGUGAUAAAUAACCUGAGCCCUUACGAUGUCUAUUUUGUAUCACUAAUAUUCUACCCAUGUUCUAUUGCAAAUUAUAUGAUAAGCUGAGUUAUAUACGAAGGACAGACCCACGCGGCCGAUCUUUUACACGUGGUCUCGCCCAAACCGCGGUUUUUACGCAAGCGGUGAGCCUCAGAGUUUCUCUAUGAAAGGGCUGUUUAAAUUAAUUAAAUGUUAUUCUAUUGCUAGUUAUCGGUCCUCUUGAAACUGUCAGUCGUAAAAAUUCAUGUUUUAGAUAAAAGAUUCAGCUAAACGGAAGGUUGUUUAGAAGGCGGUUUUCUUGAACAACAGCUACUCUUUAUUUAAAUAAAGUCACCGCUAACAGCAUUUUGCUUUUUUUUAUCUGAUAAACAAAUAGAUUCCAUCUUGCCAUAGGUCUGUACAGUUAUACAUCACUGAAGACAUCAAAUAAUGAAAGGGAAAUCAGUGACAAAGUUGGCUGAACUUCCCGGUGUGUCUCUUCAUUGUUCUUACCCCAUUCUUACGUCAUCUUUGACGUGUCACAAAACAGACGCACGGCAACGUGGAACCAAUUUGUUAACUAUACCCGUUCUUGCUAUCUUCUGAUUAAAAGACAAAGAAAAACAGACAAAUUUCGAGAUAAGAAAAUCGUUUAAGCACGCGAGAAAUUAAUUGCUUUAGUUUAGCCAUAGGACUGGAAGAUAUUCAGUGUGGCUUUGCCUUUGAGGGAAAGUUGUUUGAGGGGAAGCAUAAAUGGGUUUAUCUUGAAAGAUUAUUUCGUACGUCUUUUUCAGCUCGAAUAGUGUCUAUGUUGUAGUUCCAUUUUAUCCUUGGUUCAAAUUUUAUUUUCCUUUGUUCUCGGUCAUGUUAAUGUAUGAUAAUGAGUUUGAAACAAAAGAAAAUAAAAUUUGAACCAAGGAUAAAAUUGAGCUACAACAUCUACAUCAUGAGUAAAACAUAUCUUCUGGAAAGACAUAUUGUUAUCAGAUAACUUAUUCCUCAAAAAAAAAAAAUCUCAUGAAAUGUAGAUCGUUUGAGAUCUGGUCGACGCUGGAUGCUAUAAUUCACAAUAUAUUUGCUGAUAUCAUUCACAUCAAUCUUACUAAUCCCUACAGCGAGUAGACAUGUAUCGUUUCAAGUUCUGUAGAAUAAAUCACUUAGCUCCAUUAAGUCGUAUCUCUUGACUGGCUGCUGCCUCGAGUCUUCUGAACUGCAUGAUUCCAUUUUGAGGACCAGAUAUUAUUCAUCGCGGGGCGGAAGAGUAUUUUUUCGGGGGAGGGGGGUCACACGAUUUUGACGAGGAGUAGUGUGGGGAUCAGUCGUCGCCAACAGAGUUCGAAGGAGGGACCAUAGAAAAUUCACUGUCCAUUAACUUCCAAUGAGGGGGCAGGGAUGGGGGAGAAGGGAUCAUAAUAAGAAUAUUACAGAGCCUUAUUG